AUGCUGCGUUCCCGCAAGAAAAUUGAGUUCGCGGUGGUAGCGGUGUUCGUGCUCUGCGCAUGGCUCCUCUUUGACGCCCACUUCAACGAUAUCCGAGAGGAAUCUGUCAAGGCUAGCGUUGCUGAUAAGCCAUGGCGAAAAGAGGCAACAGAAACAGAAGAAGAGCAAAAGACACUUGAGCAGGAGAUUGCGCAUGGCGGCACGAGAGAAGGACCACCAUCGACAUCUACCACCCCUCAACAUACAAGCACACUGACGCAAAGUACUACGGUCGCGACACCUAUCCCAUCGCUACCUGACCGCGUCGUAGUAAUGGCAAAACUUCCUACAGACGACACACGCUGGGUACAUACCGACCUGCAAGACUGGCAAUCAGCCAUUUACGACAUUGAUACCGAAACUCCGCACAACAUAUCAACCCUGGAUCCGCUCACUAACAGCACUCUACGUACCCUCCGGAACAAAGGAAUGGAAGCAAAUGCAUACCUCGCAUACAUCGUGCAGAAUUACGAUGACCUCCCUUCAACGAUCGCAUUCAUUCACCCGCACAGAGACGGCUACCCGAUCGCCUGGCACACCGACAACAACGAACAUUCCAACGUAGUUUCUCUGCAAACCCUUAACACCGACUUCAUCCAAAGCAAUGGGUACGCGAAUUUGCGUUGCGUUCACAGUCCUGGCUGUCCGGAUGAAGUGAUGCCGUUCCGAAACCCGCCCGAGGAUCAUCGAACAAUCGAAGCAGCGAUGCCAGAUGCGUGGCGAGACCUGUUCAACAAUACGGACGUUCCACACGUACUAGCGACCGCCUGCUGUGCGCAGUUUGCUGUGUCGAGUAAGCAAGUGCAGAAGCGGCCGCUGGACGUAUACAAAAAGUACUACACGUGGUUGAUGGAGACUCCGCUAAAGGAUGAGACAAGUGGGCGGGUGUUUGAAUAUCUUUGGCACGUUUUAUUUGGUCAAGACCCCGUUUACUGUCCCGCAUACGAGAAGUGUUAUUGUGAUGUGUAUAACAGGUGUUGA